AAAUAAAGAUAGCACAUGUCACUGUCGCGUACCUCCUACUGUACACUUCCACCCGACGCGUUCCCGUUCCUGGCUUGGGCGGGAAGCAGGGAUGUGCAAGGUGAAGCUAGAUCUCAGCCUUGUAGCUCUAGGCAAGGGGACGGGGACCAUCAGCCAGCCCAUGAAAUCCAAUCCAAUCCAAUCCAAGCCGAUCCUAUCUCUCCCUAUCAACCCACGACCACCAACAACAAAACUUCACAACAACCUCCUGGAACUCCAACGGUAUCGAAUCAUUCAGGAACAUCAACUGGGAAAUAGUGCAAACGAGUCGCAAUGUCACGGUAACGGCGCAGCGCAAAGCAUUUGUUGGAAUCGAGGCCCAUCCAGCUAGAACACCAAAUCAAGGGGUACUUUUCACAAUAAGACGCUCCCAAGAUGUUGGACGGACUUUUCAUGCUGCUCGGACUGAGCGUCGUCAUGGCUUUGGCCUCAUUCCUCGCCGGCGCACUCCCCCUCUCCAUGACGCUGUCCUCGUCACAGCUUCGCUUGAUCUCGACCAUUGGGAUGGGCGUUUUGGUUGGUACGAGUCUGAUUGUCAUUAUACCCGAAGGUAUCGAAGCUGUGUAUACGGCUGGUGAGGCGGGGGGGUUACAUACGAGGGGAUUGGGGCUCAGAACGAGGGGGGAAGUGCGCUGGGUUGGUACUGGGGUGCAUAGAUUCAUGGAAAGGGAUCUUGUGAUGGGACGGAGCUUUAGAGAAGUGUCUAUACCAAAGGAUUUGGUAUAUGGGAAGCUUCCAAGAGAGGAACUCCCACCACCGCCGCCAUCGAAAGAUACAACCGCCCCUCCAUCCAGCGAAACCACUCCACCUGCCCCAGAGACAGAUGCCUCUACUAGUUCACCCACACAUGGAGGAGAAGAGCACCACGACCCCCCAACAUUCUACAUCGGCUUCUCCCUAAUACUAGGCUUCAUCCUCAUGUUCCUAAUCGACAAACUCCCCCGCCACGCCCAAGAACACAUCCAACCACCCCCCGCACCGCGCCACAUCUCCCUUGACAACCUCUCCCAAGGCCUCCACUCCUCCCCUCACUCCCGCUCCCACUCACCCACCCCCUCCACAAACUCCGACUCCGAAUCCUUCCUGCAAUCCCUCGCACCCACACCGAAACAAACACGCUCCCUGGCCACCACAACAGGGCUAGUGAUCCACGCCGCUGCAGACGGGAUCGCUAUGGGUGCGUCGGCAACGAGCUCGAAUACCAAGUUGGGGUUUAUCAUCUUCGUGGCGAUCAUGAUACAUAAAGCUCCAGCGGCGUUUGGGCUGACGAGCGUGCUGUUGAAGCAGGGACUGAGUAAGAGGGCGGCGAGGGGGCAUCUGAUUGUUUUUAGUUUGGCGGCGCCGGUGGGGGCGUUGGGCACUUGGGUGUUGGUUAGUGUUUUGGGCGGGGAUCAUAUGGAGGGGGAGAGGGGGCAGUGGUGGACGGGGAUGUUGUUGUUGUUUUCGGCGGGGACGUUUUUGUACGUAGCCAUGCACGCCAUGCAAGAAGACACGCCCGAACACUCGCACUCCCCCUCAAACGGCUACGCAGAAGUAAACGCGCAACGGAAACAGCCCAAACCGCAAAUGAGGGAUACAUUAGCCGCGGUGGGCGGGAUGUUGAUCCCGCUUUUGACGCAGUUGGGUCAUCAUCAUUGAGUGGAUUAGGUCAUGACUGGUUUAUCCGAGACGAGAGACUGGGUAUUAUAUUCCAGUCUUGAGGAGUGGAAAGCAAUGGAGAAAGAGAAAGAAGUGGAAAGAGAAGGAAGAGGAUCAGAGGGCACGGCUUGUAUGAUUGAGAGAGUCAGUGAUCCAGGAUCUGGAAGUUACCUCUGGUUGUUUUAUCACAUUACAGCCAACAACCAAGAUGUAUCUUCAAAUUUUGCUGGAAAGCAAAGGCGUUUAAAGAAUGGCCUGCUUGCCUGGCCUUUUCCGCGUUCACCUGCUUGUGUAACGUAUUAUCAUGUAGGAUUGGCUGCAUGGAUGGCUAAGUUAUGGAUGUUUUACGUAUGCUCCGUCCGUCCAUCCAUCCAUCUACCUAUUUCAUGUACGAGUAUAGUAGAUUGCAAAGUUUGAUGAAAUUAUAUUAUAUGUAUCUAUCUAUUUAUUUCUCAAAGAUCUAUGUCUUUUUGUCUUUAUGGUUGACUUUAAAUAUGGGGAUGUAUAUCUAUCUAUCUAUCACCCAACAUUCUCCCAGCCAUCCCCGCAACGCUUCGACUUCCUCCCUUCCUCUUUUUUUUUCUCCCUCUCCCUCUCCUUCUCCCUCAAUUUCCAUCUUCCUACUCUGCUAUAGCAUCUGGAUAGAUAUCUAUUUAUCUAUCUAUCUAUCAUCCUACAAGAUCCUCCCAUCUGCGUUCCAAUCGCUACAUGUAGGUAGGUAGGUAGGUAGGUAUGGUAUGCCUGGAUAAGGUAUCAGCUGUGUGUAGGUAGAAGAAAGCAAGAAAUGCGUUCACUCAAUGCUAUGCAUCAGAUAUAGAUAUCAUGUAUCAAUAAUCGUAUUUACUACCUUCCUUACUCAUUUCUUCUAUCGAGGAGGAUGGAACAGGAUAGAACAGAACAGAAUAGAACAGAAUGUGUUCCUAAAAACAUAAGUUUGUUGGAAAUGUCUGGAUGAAGUCGGUGCUAGAUCUUGGGGUUUGGUUGCUUGAGUUUUGGUUUGGGUCUAGAGUGGAUUUUCUACAUUGAUUGAUAAAAUAUUUCUUGAUUGAAUAUUCGGUUGGAGGAGAGAAGUGGAGAGGAGGGGAGAGGAGGGGGGGAGAGGAGGGAGGGGAAGAAUACGUCUAGUGUCAAGAAGGCAAGUAUAGUAUGAUAUAGGUACUCCAAGAUUAGAGCCGCUACCUAGCUAAGACGACAUAUCAUUUGCUUUCAAUUUACCUUGGGAAUUUGGGGUUAUUGUUGGUGCUGGCUGUGGUGUAGUGCUGGUGUUGACCACCUACUCGGCUCGCUCUAGUCCCGUCCCGUCAAGACUGACUGGAUUCAGGUUGCUUCCGCGCAUCUCGCGGCUCGGCUGGGCUGGGCAGGAGAUGCUCUCCUUCUCCCUCUCUCCCGUUCUCCCUCUCUUUCCUCUCUCGGGUUUUGAAGGCUUGCUUCCCUCGGUAAAUCAAUUAAUCAAUCAUCACCUCCAACUGUCUUCUCCCCCGGCCUCAACUCCAUACCUUCCUUACCCCUGGUCCAGUGCUGGUGUAGAUGUGAGUGUAAGUGUAAUUGCACGUGCACGCUACAUCUCAAACUCUCAAACUCCCGGCGUUCCAUCAAGGCAGGCGAGGAGAUCGAGUUCGACGGCAAUAUACUAGUAAUAUACCCGUAGUACGAGUAUGACGACGGAGGAUUCGCUGGAUCGGGGCGGGCCUAGGUUUUCCUUUUUCCUUCCUCCCUACUGCUGGUUCGCUGGGUCUUGGCGGAUGGAAUGGAGCCUUGGGAUAGGAAAUGGUUGUAGUCUGGGAUGGGAGAGUAAGGCGGGUCGAGUUGAAUUGAAUAUGAGGGCGGAGGGAGAGAAGUGAGGAUUUAAAGGAGUUGGUAGGUAAGAAAACAAUAAACGGAUAGAGAGAGAGCAAUAUGAGAACGUGACUCAUUGAAUUAAUUGAAACAGCAAAAUAAAUGAAGACCAAGGAGGGAUGAAAACACUUAAGAUAUAUUAUCAAGAAAUGCGAUAUGCCAAUAAAAACCGGUAGAAGAAGGUAAGGUACGAAAUAGAAGGAGAAGCCCUCCGACUGCAUUUGUUUGUGGUGUGGCGACCAUUAUCCUCUUCUCGAGUCAGGCCUCUACAUCUCUGCAUAUCUGCUCUUCCAACACAUGUCAUCUCGGGUUUGAAGUCCUUACAUCUUGACGUUUUUGAAAGGGGGGUUUUCUUUUUUGACAGAAGUUAGAACUCCGUUUGGAAGAACUCUCUCUUCUCUCUUUCUUUCCUUUCUAACGCUUUCUAUCAUAUUCUUGCUAGGAUGGAACGUGGCUCGUGGAUGUAUAAACCUAAGCGGACGAUUAUUGGAGAGAAGAAGAUAUGAGAGGGGGGAGAAGAUCGAUGCUUGGUUGUUUGAUGUUCGAUGUUCGAUGUACGUGCGGACGACGAGGCGGAGUGAGUGUACGCACGGAUGAUGGAUGGUGGAUGGCGAGUUUGAGGUUUGAGGUUGUUGGAGGACGCGCAGGGAAGGGAGGGGAAGGGAGACUACUGUAUUACUAAAAGGACAUGGAAGGGAGGAGGAGGAAGAGGAAGAGGAGGAGGAGUUCGCGGUUAGAGGGCGGUACGGAGGUACGGUGCGGGAUGUAACGAAGGAAGGUAGGUAAGGUAAGGUAAGGCAGGGGUGGUGUGGUAUGGUGUGAAGCGAGCAAGGGGAGAAGAGAGGAGGAUUAAAGGGAGAGAGAGGGAGGAUGGGAUUUGAUAUCUUUAGAGUCUAUUUGGAGGAGAACAUCGUGUAAUUUACAA